ACGCAACCUACUCCCUCUACACCUGUUUUUUUUACGUAUAAAUUAAGUAAGAUAGCCCAUAUGAACCCCCCUUCUCUACUUCCACCCAAGACGGCUGAGUAUAAACUCAGCGCAUGACCCCCUCAGGCACCAUAGCGCUUCGAAGAUUCGUUUAAUUUGCACAGCUGUCCCCGACUAACAGCUACGGGACGCUGAGAUAUCAAGCAGUGACCACGCACGGCACGUUAAACCCGCAGGACACCAUCUUAUCUACGAUGCACAGCCCGAGGACACUGCUUUGUGCAACACUGAUCUUGUAUGGACUGGUAUCUCAAUCCCUUGGAAUGACUUUCACUGGGAAGGACAAGCGAGGCUGGACCUUGAACAGUGCAGGUUACCUUUUGGGACCUCAUGCCCAUAGAACAUUAAAUGACAAAGGAGGUCUAGCAGGAAAACGGGACAUUUUAGAUGAGACCUAUAAGAAUGUGAGAGAGCCAUAUGCUGGCAGCAAUAUGCAUCCAGUGGAUGAGAGUACAUUGCAGACUGUACUGGACUUCCUCUCUUAUCUUCAGCUCAAGGAUACCGGUGCAUUGGACAGUUUGCCAGUAACUCAAGAAGAGUCUAACUUGCCGUAAAGAAAAUGACAUCGGUUCACUUGUCAAUUAGGUCAGCCACUACCUGGACAUGUCUCCAUCCUCAUUAUAGCCGCAUGUUUCAUUUCUCUCCUGGAGAACAAAAUAAAAUCGGACUACCCAUUUGUAAAUGAAGAA